GUCGUGGUCGUAGCAACUGGCGUUCUUCAGCACCAAGUGAACCACCACCCGAGGUUGAACCAUUUCCUGCACCCCCAGUGAACGAUCAACCAUCCAGAGAUAUGGAUUUUUAUCAGCAAAAUGUAGAGGCAAAAAUGGAAGUUGGUAAUGAGGUUGAUAGUGAUGACAUAAUGCAGGAGGGGGAGCAGCAACCAGAAAACAGGAAAAGACCCUGGGAGAAGCUAGGAGGCGUCAAGAUCAAGAGAAAGAAGGUGCCAGGAGCCAAGAAUCUUAAGAUCCGGAAAUAUGUGCGGCCUAAGAAUGCAGUAAUGUGCCUCAACGAACUUCGGCCUGGAGUGACGUAUACUACUGAACAGGAGGGAGGAGUUGGUCAACCAUUCUGUAUAUCUGUAGAGGUAUCUAAUGGGGUUGACGCUCAGAAAUACAGAGGCUUUGGCUCAUCCAAACAAUUGGCAAAACAAGCAGCAGCAGAAGCAGCAUUGAUAAGUUUCGUGAAACCACCUAUCACCUCUGUCUCCCCUGAGAGUCAAGCAGAAGAUAAAACCCCAUGGGCUACUCUUGCAUCAUUUGCUAUAUAUAAACUGUUUAAUGACUGGCGUGAAGGUAGAGUCGGCAUGUGUCCUCCACCUCCUCAGCCUUAUGCCACUGCAGUUCCUCCUGGAUAUCAAGCAUUCCUUAAUCAGUCUGUGGGAACAAAUGCAGUUAAAGAAGAGUCUCCACAGGCAGCAGCAUUUGCAGAAGCAAUUUGUGCUCAUUUAGGAGGUCGUGGUCUCGGUGGUCCUGUCUUGGACGCAAAGCCGGACACAAAUUUGUCUUUCCAGUCAACAGAGCCUGUGAAGGUGCCAAACGUGCCCAAGCAGAUACCUGAAAAUGCUGGUGCCAUGCAUCCUGUCAUGGUCCUACAUCAGAUGAAGCCUGGGCUGCAGUACAAUAUUACCCGAAUGAUGCGUGACAGCAAGCCAUACUUCAGUGUUUCAGCUGACAUUGAUGGGAAGGAGUUUACUGGAGAGGGCCCAAAUGUAAAAAAAGCAAAGUUCUCCCUGGCCACAGAAGCAAUCUUAGGGUUAUAUGGUGUAGAGUCCACUUUUGAAACUCCAGCCUGAAAUGGUAACACGAAUAAGAGUGAGGGUUUACCUCUGUCAUUGCUAAUUUACUUGUACAAUAAGAUUACCAAAGUUAAAUGAUAUUUGUCAGGCAGUUUUGUCUCAUACUUCUUCAAGCAUAGGAAUUUGCUAGGUAGUACCUGACUUUUCAACCUCAACACAACAUAGGUAUUAUAAACCAUUUGUAUCUGGGUUAAGUAUUGUAAUUAAUAUUGUAAUAAACCCUUUAAUUAAUCUCUUUGGAUAUUAGCAUUUUUUGUUAAAAGACUUAAAAAUAUUGUACUAGCUUAUGAGAUAUGGUUACCAUUCUUAUGCAGGUUCAUAAACUAAUAUAUAGUUUAAAUUAAAUGAUAUUUUUGACUUAUUCUCUGAGUGAUAUAUGUUUGACAUAGAAUGCAAUAUUUUAAUCAGUAUAGUUUCUGUAUUGUUUCAAUUGUAUGGAAAAAAAUUAUAAUCAAAGAAAUAAAA